AUGCUGUUGUUUGGUGGGAAUCUCUCGGGUGGUAAGAAAACCAGCUCAACAGUAGCGAAGGUUACCAAUCCUGCUGCUUCGAGCGAGCAUGGAUCUGUCAGUGACGGAGGAAGCCAGACAGCAGUCUUAACACCACAUACAGAUGCAUUGCAUCGACUGACAAACCACGAAUUACGGCUUCUGGAGGAGUUAGAGCGUACACGAUCCAAGUUGCAAGCUGAGUGGAGACUCAAAGUGGCUUGUCUUCAGCGACAGCACCCGGAUGCGCUAUCAACCUCUUUCAAUGUCCGUGAAGGAAUAAUCCUCAGUGUCGAAGAACUAGAACAGCGUUUCCAGCUUGCAACAGAUGGGACGACCUCGAAAUCAUCACAAAGGGACUUACAACAUGCCAUGCAUUCCAAGACGUUAAAGCUCUCUCCAAACCAACGAUCCAAAUCGUUUUUAAGACACAAGAAGGCUAAUGCAGCACCAGGUCCGGGCAAAGCAACAUUAGCGAUGUCUCCAAACGCUCGAACGGGGCUUGAUUUGCUUCCAGUACUGACAACAACAGGAGAAACCCCGUUUGAAGUUGGUUUGGAGGCUCAAAUUGUACUAGGACAACGGCAACAGUAUGUCCUUCCUGUAUUCAGGCUGCCGUCUGUAAAUGUUGCAAGUACUGCAAGCGCAAUGGCAGCUAAAGAGGUACAAGUGAUUAAAGAGGACGUCGAUCGAAAGCAAGCAAGUGAGACGCUGGGGCUGUCAGUUGAGGAAAUUGAAGCUCUCGAAGCUGAGCUCAACGGACAACAUUUCAGUGCCUCAUACCUGCCCGAUCAAUCAUCUCUUGACGAGCAAAAACUCCCUGGUCUAGCACGAGGCAAUAAAAAACGUCAGCAGUUGCAAUUGAACAAACGAAAGAGCGUCGCUCGUUCACUUCUGACGAAGAGGAACGCUCGUAAUACACAAGAUGGCGGUGCACUUCGCAAAGAGUUGGAGUCAGCACUUCACAGUGUGCAGCAUCUUACACGGUUAGUGAAAGACGAUAUCUGCUGGGCACAGAAGAUCUGUCCCGCGUCGGAGCUGCGUACGACGCUCUACUUUAAACGCUGGGGAAAAGAGAAAGUGGAGAAUAUAUUCCGUCGAUUAUUGUACAACCUCCAAGGUCUGGCCUUGGAGCGCUGGAAGCAAGCAGUUGCUUACGAAAAGCAACAAGAGAAGCUUCAGGCAUACUUACUCUACAAAGGAAGCAAGAAGCUUGACGCGUUCUUAGUGAACUGGUCGCAACGUAAGUUACGCCAAGCGUGGACGAAAUGGUGGUCCGAUGUUGUCCACGAGAAGGCUCUGGAGCGCUCAGCACUUGAAUUGCAGUCAAUUCAAGUCAUCCAGCGCUCGUGGCGAGCCUACCGAGGCCGCAUGUUUGCUUUUCUUGUGAGGAAGCAAAAGCUGCUUGCAAAGCAGACAACCGCAGCGAUUAAAAUGCAACGUAUGUUCCGUGGAGGUAUCGCACGUAAAUUCUUCAGGCUCAAGAGAAUCGACAAACAUCGUCAAGCUAUGGCAACUCGUAUUCAAGCGCUGGCACGAGGUUACAUCGUUCGGAAGCGUGUUAAGCAGAUGAGGGACCAGAGGAAGAAGCACUUAGUUGCUAGUCAUGUUCAGGCAAUGUAUCGUGGACGCAAGGCUCGUCGAGAACUUGCUGUUCAUCGACAGACCCAGCGCCUUACGAAGGCAGCGGUGAUAAUUCAGCGCAGAUAUCGCGGUCGUCUCGGCCGUGCUGCAUUCAUUCGACGGCAAUUAGACCGAAUGCGCGACGUUGCUGCAACGAAAAUCCAAACUAUGGUUCGAGGAAGGCGUGCUCGCAAGAUACUUGGUAAUUUACGUGAGGAAGAACGCGAGCGACAAGCAAUUCGGCGAGCUGCAGCUAUCAACAUUCAAAGAGUUUACCGAGGACACCGUGCUCGUCUGUCAACAGAACUUAAGUUGAUGGCACUGCGUGAGAGAAAUCGGAUGUAUGCUCAGGCUGCUACAAAGAUUCAAAAGAUGGUGCGCAAACGCCAAGCUAUUCAACGUGUGGAGCGGCUUCGUGAGGAACGAGCAGCAAGGUUCGUGCUCCAGGCACGGACGUGGGUAGAAUACUGGAACGACGACGCCACCAAGUGGUUUUACUACAAUCAAGAGACUGGUGAGGCUUUGUGGGCUCCUCCUGCAACGGGAUACACAAAAGCAGACGGCAAGUUGGUACUUCAGGACGGCAAAAUUAUGGAUCCAUCCGAAGACGACAUCGCCAGCAUCCUGGCAGCUCAGAAGCCAGUGUUAAAUAAUGGUCCAAAUGGAGACACCUCGGAUACAAAACAUAAUGAAGAGGAUGAAGAUGACGAGGAUGAAGAUAAGCUGUGCGUAGAAUGCGAGGAGGAGGAUGCCAGACGACAAUGCGCUCAGUGCGAGGACGUGUUCUGUGAUGCUUGCUAUGAGAAGUUGCAUCACUCGGCCAAACGUGAAAAACACACGUGGAAAGCAAUCGGUUCUCUGCGGUGUAUCGAGUGUGAGAAAAUGCGUGCAACACGAUGGUGCUCGGUCUGUGAAGAUCCGUAUUGUUUGGGGUGCUUUACUAUUAUUCAUUCCAAGGGUAAUAAGGUCAAUCAUCAGUGGACAGACAUGGCGACGUUCAAGAAGGCACGGAAACAGCAGCAAAUGGAAGAGGAGAAUGCGCAGACUUAUGAUGAAUAUGUCCAGUCAAGCGAGUACCAAUACGUCACGGAGUACGCAAUGGCGGAAGCUGCUAGAGAGGCGCAAGAAGCGCAAGCGUAUACUCAAGCUUAUACUCAAGAAUUCGCCGCAACUGCAGACUACAAUGGCUGGAUGACGCUUGUGGAUGAAGCCUCGGGCCAGUCGUACUACUACAACGUCCACACAGGGGAGUCUCGGUGGGCAUAA